CAGAAUAUCUUCUGGAACCCUACGCAAACGGGUCUACCUCCACGCAACUUCAGUCCUGGACUAAUUCCUGUCAUUCGACGAGCACUUCGACAAUCCCAUGAGAAAGGCAAGACGCAAUGCGCAUGGCUAUGCCAUGAAGGAGCUGUGCACGUAGCAAGUGAAGCCUUCGAUAGAACGUGGGGCUGUGGAUAUCGCAACUUCCUUAUGGCAUGCGCCUCUUUGAUGGUGCAGGAUCACCAACCUAUGUACUUCCCCUUGCUUGAUCAUCCCGUCCCGCCCGGCGUGCGGAAUCUGCAGUCGAUGAUCGAAGAAGCUUGGGCUAAUGGGUAUGAUCAAGAGGGCGCAGAACAGCUGAAGCGUCACUUAGUCGGUACUGGGAAAUUUAUUGGAACUGGAGAGCUGUACGUUGCUUAUACAUACCGUGGAAUACCUGCGCAGCUCGUAGAUUUUGAAUUGGCAGAUGGCCCGGAACCACUAAUGAAAUGGGUCAUGGAGCAUUUUUCUUCGGGGACUUCAUCGCCAAAACAUACGACGUUGAACGAGGCGCUCAAAUCCACAAAUUCUGUCAUCGUUACCGACAAGAUGCCCAUCAUCUUGCAGCAUAACGGUCAUUCACGCACUGUCGUAGGUUGCGAGCGAUGCCCAGAUGGCAGCAUCAAUCUCCUCGUCUUUGAUCCAUCGACACGGAUACUGGCGGACGUACGGGACGCCGGAUUGGCCAAUUGCCGUUCAACAGAUCCCAUUGAGACGCAGUACCACCGCCACGUUUCUCCAUCUCAGGUGCUGCAUGAGGUCCUUCAUCCUGUGCAAACAAUCAAACCACACAAGCACAAGAUGGAUGAUGAGAUAUUGGUCCCUGACACAGUGAAGAAGUCGCGCAUAUGCUUGGAGGAACUGGGUAAACAGGACCGGGCUGAUUCCUUCCAUGCAUCUCGGAAUGGCCUUAGCCAGAAACAGCCAGAUUUGACCAAGGUACUCAACGUAUUCAGGCUGCGGGCCAAUAAGCUGAAGAAGAAGCGACUAUAUCAAGUGCUAUACUUUCCACUCACUGAUCCGUUAAGUGAAGAUGAACGUUGGGCGAGGCGAGAGUUGACAUGUCUCAAAGUCAACUAG